AUGGUUGAGGGAAGGUGGCGCAACAUGGUAACACUCUUCAAGACAAUGGUUGACCACAAUAGUAUACCAAAUGUUGAGCCACAAGUAGUAGCAUACAAGGAAGAUCUUGAAGAACUGGUGAAGUAUGUCCCUCAACGCCGAAACAACUAUGAGAAAAAAGUAGGGCGUUCAGUCAAAAUGGAAAGGUUUCCAUCCAAGGGUUGUCGUAUCCUUCUGCAAGCCUAUAAAGACUGCAUGAGCCGUUUUGUGGAUCCAAAAAUAGAUAACCGAAUAUUAUGGGAUGAAAUUACCAAGAGACUUGAAGAUGAGGGGUUGUGCUUUACAACAUUCAAACUGAAGGAGACUUUCACAGGCAUGAUAAAGGGUUUUGAAAAAUGCCAGCACCACAACAGCUUGCCAGGAGCUAUUCGGAGGGAUGUACCUUACUACAGAGAACUUGCUGAAGUGUAUGGAGUAUAUGGCCGUUGGCCACAUGUUCAGACAUCACGAACAAUGGAGAUGAGAACCAAGAGGAAAUAUCGUCUUCGUCUACAGGUAAGCCAGCAACUGUGGUGUCUGGAGGAGUCACGAGCACUGCUGCAAGUUUAUCCUGAUGUUUUGGAGUCUCACGUGAACCAGUGUUUGAGUCAUCAACCGAGUGACCUUUGGCUACAGGUAGCAAAGGUGUAUUCUACCACUGGAUACCCAAAGCGAGAUAUUCCUGAGAUUGCAGUUCAUAUUGGGUUGCUACGACAAGGUUAUGCUCAAAACAAUAAAUUCCCAUUCAGUGAAGAGAUGAAAAAGGUCAAAGAGACAGAGGAGGCUGUUUGUUAUAGUCCUGAUGUGUCCAAAUACACAGGAGAGGUGGAGAUUACCUACUGGAGUCAUGAAGCUGUUAAUCUUCUCUUAGACCUGUAUAUCAAACACCAAUCAGCAACAGCUUCUCAUGCUAACAGAAAUGAAGUUUUUGUUAAAAUCAAUGAGUCACUGCAAAACCUUGGAUACAAAUACAGUAAAGAGGAAGUACAUGACCAGUUCAAGUUUCUUUUGACUCAGUAUAACACAAGACAAUUGAAACCGUGGAUGCUUCCUCCUGUGGGCCGUCAGACUCACAAUCCAGUUGGUGCACCUUACCUUGAGAAACUGCAAAAAGUCUUACAGCUAAGGAGAGAGAUGUCUUUAAGUUGGACCACAGGAGUGAAGCCCCUAACACCACAAACUCAGAAGAUUUUGUUAAGAGUAGUCUGUCAGAAAGCAGAUGAACUCCUCAUAAAGAUGGGAACGGAAAGAGAGAAGAAGAUUUUACUUGGACAAAUUAUUGAUGGGGUUAUUGGUCACAUCCGAACCCACAAGCUUAUUGACCCUGUGCCUCGUACACGACAGGUUCGCCUUCACAUUGCUGAUGCCAUGAAGAAUUUUAAUAAAGCAACAGAAAACAAGGACAUAGCAUACCUGCACAAGCUCUUCAAGGACUGCAAUGUACUUGACCUCAUGUGUAAUAUAUCUCUUGAACCAACUAGCAGUGAUUAUAGGAUGAAAUCUAAGAGGGAAAACAGGAUUGAUACAGCAAAAAAUGGAACAAGAAUGGAAGCUGAAACUUCAUUGACUACAGGGAGCUGUUUGGAAGUUGAGGAAGACUUGGUCAGCAAUGCUAACGUUGGAUGGAUUUCUGAAGAACACUCAUGUCAGGAGCUUGAUGAGGUUGCUGAAUAUCUAACUUUUGCCUUAUGCCACUUAUGCAAAGCAGGUCAAGAUCAUAACUUGAACAAUAUUUGCAAAGGAAUAUAUGCAAAGCCAGAAAAUAGUAUAGAUAUUUCAAGUAUACUAGAGAUGAGUAAAAAAAGUUUUCAGAAUGUUAAAAUGUUAGAUUCUAUUUAUGAAAAUUCUGUGAAUCAUGAUUAUGAUGAUGUGAGUAAUUCUUUUAAAUCACAACUUUCAUCAGCAGAAAAUGUAGAAAAUAAUUUAGAGAUUUCCGGUUCCAGUAGAAGUACGAGUAGGUGUAGCAGUGCCAUGUGCAAAAAUGGUACCAUUUCAUCGACGCCUGCUCCUAGGAGCUCCCACCAGGGGAUGGCCACGGCAGAAGAGUUUCCAACUUUCUCUAUCCAGACACUCCCUCCUGGUACCAGUGAUGUAUAUGGUAAGGUCUUUGGGAAAGUUCAAUCUGGGUUACCCAUAAAUAGUAUAAGACAACAUAAUAACAUGUUGUCUACUAUUUUGUGUGACUCAGAUUUAAAAUUAUCAUUAUUUCUGCCAAAUGAACUUACACCACAUAUGGAAAGUGUUCUUGUAAAUGAAGAAACCCCUCCAGUAAAGCACUUCAAACAAAGAGAUGACAAAAAAGUGAGUCAAGAGCAUUUGUCAUCUCAUGGAAAAACUUCAAUACCAAAUGAUUCUUCAAAGCAAGACAAGUUGAACUUGGGGGACAAGCACUUAAAUUCUGUGCUUCUAAAUGAAGAACUCACUCUUGAAACAAAGAUUAUUCAAACUCGCUCUGGAAGAAAAACUCGUUUUACAUUUUUUUCUCAAACUCUUAAUGAUGACGUUGAUGGGAAAGUUUUUGAGAGGAGUGAGUUGCAUGAUGAAGAUGUUGCCUCUCCAACAAAAAGAAUAAAGUUUGAUCCUGAAGCACACAAUUAUGACCCUUCAAAAAAGAAAAGAGGAAGACCAAGGAAAGUGUCUCAUGAAAAUCUUGCUCAUGAUUGUGUUGUGACAAAGGAUGAUGUUCCUGAUAUGCAAAGUUACCAUCCAAAUCAGAGCUCCUUUCUCCCCCAUCAAAAAACUGAUUGCAACUCUAAAAUGAGUUCAUUAAAAAAUCCUUUCCUGUCAUUCAUCAAAAGUCAUCACAUGAUAAAGACUACACAAGAAAAUGAGAUAGUGAAAACAAUCAAAGAACAUAAAAAAGAACACACCAAUAUUUUAGAAGAAAUUUACAGUAUACUGGAAGAUUUAGAUCAUCAUCAUUGAUCAGAUUUCCUGAAAAGGCAGGGUUGGGAGUUAGCAAGGGUCAUGUUAGUAUUAUGAUGAGAAUUUUAAGAAAAUAUAUUUGUUGAGGGAGGAUCAAGUCAUCAUCCUCAGCUGUCUGUAUUUUAUGAGUUCCAUCCCAUAAGAAAUACUUUUCUGUAGUGGGAAAAUAAGGACAUCCCCUUAUUCAAUUGCCUCAGGGAAUUUUAGGGAAUAAGUUUAUUAAAACUAAUAUUUACAUCAAUACUUUGUUAUUUCUUGUUUUCUUGUUUUUUGAUGUUCAAACCAUGUGUUGUGGAGGGAAUCCUUGGACUGUCUUCACAUUGUGUAUGAUGUCCUCUCAGUUUCACUGUAACUUUAGUAUUAACAUAAUAUAUUCCAUGCUCUGGUUUGAGGAAAUUUUUAAUGUCUCAGUGCAGUAGGUUAUUUUAUUGUAAUAGAAUUGAGGUGUGUCGUGCGAAAGUGGUCUAACUCUCAAAAAUGGCGGUUUGGAGUUACAGGCGGGAACUUGUCCUGAGGUUUAGUUAUCUUGUAGUGAUGUCGGAAAAGGCAAAAGCGAACAUCCUGCAGGGUGUACUAAGGUCUAAAGUGGCUUGUUUUGGUCCAACACAUGGUGCAGACUAACUUUAGACUGGGAAUGAAAGUGUCUAAUGGAUUGAUACACUAAUAUUUUUAUCUGUUUUUGCUCUCACCGACUUACUUUCAUUUCGCUGAUGUCCAAGAUAAGUGUGGAUGUUAAUAAUGUAAUAUUUUUUUUCAGUCUCAACAAUGAUAAGAAUAUAAUAUUUUUCGAUUUAAAAAGUUCGUAUAAAAUUACUGAAGUACAUGAGACUUGUCAGUUGAAAUGUGCUUCGGAUUUUGCGAGGCAAAUCACCUCUGCAAGAAGGGAGCUUUCACAUGAGAUAUGCUGCAUCGCCCCACACCGUCAGACUUUAAAGAGUACAAGCACCCACAUGAACCUGUGUGUCCCAGCUAUUCCUGUCGUAAAGGUUGCAUUGUGAAACCCAAGGCCCGCCACUUUAUGAAGGGAGGGAGCGGAGGGCAUGUGAAAGCUCCCUUCUAGUAGAGGUGAUUUGCCUCGCAAAAUCCAAAGCACAUUUCAACUGACCUACAGUAAGUCUCAUGUACUUCAGUAAUUUUACUUCAGCAAAUCAUUCCUCUGCUAGAGGUUGCUUCCACAUGAGAUUUUAAAGCCAUGUGGGUGUUGUAUAAAUCCAGUCCUGUCAAAUGUCACACCAUGUUAAGGUUGUAAAGAAAAUCACCAUUAAAGAGAGCCCGUUCUUCAUUAUGGAAACAAAACAUUCCUUCCACAUGUAUGUACAUAACAUACAUACAAACAGAAAUUAUACCAAACCAAGAACCACCUCUUGAAAUGGAUCAGUGUCUUGGAUAAAAUCCUUAUCAUAAAGCCUAGCAAAAGUGGCUUCUUGUGUCCAUCCAGCCUCGGCCAUGAUGGUGGUAAUCAGCACAGCCAAGGCCUUGGCCUUAGAUGUUGAGGCUGGGCGAACACUGCCAGCAGUGAACGAACUUCGUGGUGUCAAUCCCGCAUAUGCCCAGCAUUGUCUUGAGCCAUCUUGCCACCGUGUCCUUAGAAACAUUCUUAUGAGGCUCGAUGAAGCUGAUGAGUAGCCUUCCAUCAUCAUUUCCAAAUUCCUUUCUGAGUUUGGCAGUCCUCACAAUGUACUCCUUCAUAGUCACAAAGACACAACCUGGCAUCAUGAGUAUAAGCAUGAAACUUAAGGGCUUGAAGAUUAAACUUGGGUCUGCAUUGCUUGAUGUUACCCCCUAACCAAACGGAAAUAGAAUCCUCGCCAAUGGCAAUGUUCCUUAGCAUCAGUAAGUGUAAGGUUUGGACCCUGGUUGCUUGUGUCAGUGCCAUCAGCAUCACCAAUUUGAGCAUCAGGUCCUUCAAGGAAAGGCAGUGCAACGGGUCCAUGGUCUGAAUUCUCUGCAACACGGGUUUAACGUACCAGGUCUCUGAAUACCUGGGAGUAGAUGGUCUUUGAUUGAAAACCCCUCGCAAGAACCUGUCAACGAGAGGGUGGAUUCCUACCCGGUAGCCUUCCACCACUAUGCCUAGUGCAGAGAGAGCUCCCCUCGCCAUGUUGACACAUUCGUAGCCAACAUCUCUGUGAAAAGUAUCAGACAGAAAAUUUAAGAUGUCGUCCACAGAGGGAUUAAGGGGAUUGAUGUUCCUUCCACAACAAAAUUGUGACCAUCUGUUGAUGUGAAGACGGUAUUGUCUUUCAGUUCCUGGUUUCCAUGAAGCCAUGAUGAUGUCCAUACCCGCUGCAGAUAUGCCACAUUCUUGGAGCUGUUUCCGGACAGCCGACAAGCCAUCAAGUUGGUGUGUCUCAAGAUCGGGUGUUCCUCCGCAGAUAAUGGAUGCAAGAGGACAUUUUUCCGUGCCUUGAUGACCCGAGGGUGCUCUACCAGCAUCCAGAGGAGAGUGCCCAUCCAAGGCUGCAACGCCCAGAGUGGAACGACCAACCACCCAUGUGCUCUCUCCUCCCGCAACUUCUGGAGACACCUAGGGAUAAGAGAGAAUGGAGAAAAGAGGUAAACCAGGCCAAACUGAGCCCAAUUUAGUGCAAAUGCAUCAACAUGUGCAGCUUCUGGGUCCGGUUUCCAGGAACAAAAACAGUCCAGUUGCUUGUUUAAGCAAGAGGCAAACAAGUCGAUGCAGGGAGUUCCAAACAUAAGGCUCAACUCCCUAAAAAUUUCCCCGUUGAGCUGCCACUCGUGUCUGUCAUUAAAUCGACGGGACGCUGUGUCUGCCAAAAUGUUGCACGUUGCCAGGUAUGUGGGAAGCUGUAAUCCAAGCAUCCGUGCUAACACACCAAUCCCAAAGAUCAAUGCAGAUGUCAUUACAAACGAGGGACUUAGUACCACCCAUGUCAUCCACAUAUUUUAUCACUGUAGUGUUAUCACAAAACGCCUUGAUGUGCUGCCCCCUGAGUAGUUUUUGCAAAAGACUUCAGUGUGUACCAAUAGCUUUGAGUUCCCGAGCAUUAAUGUGCAAAAGCACCUCUACAGGUGACCAUCUACCAUUAGUAGUUUGGUCAUUUAGGCAACCGCCCCAAUCUAGGUUUGACGCAUCAGUAUAUAGCUCAAUUUCCGGAUUUUUAUGUCCUGAGCUGCCAGUUCAUUGAUCCACCAAUGGAAAUCUGUCUGUCAGUGAUAGCCAUCCAUCUGUUAAAUUUUCCUUUCUCCCUUUCCAAGGCUUUGAUCUUUGCCCUCUCCAACUUUAUGUAGUGUAUUUUUACCAUCUCAACUGCUGGGAUUGCGACCACCAGAAGGCCAAUCACUCUCGCAACUUCCCUGAUUUUUUCCCUCUCCUCUGUCACCAAAAGGGAGCAGUGCUGCAAAUUUUCGCUUUCCUACGUUCUGGUAGCGUGACGGUCAUGGUCUCGGAAUCAAUGAUAUUUCUAAGAUACUCAAUGCGCUUAGUAGGAACCAGGACUGACUCCUCCACAUUGAUGCAGAAACCUACUCUCUGCAACAUCCUUACUGUAUCAUGCAUGCACUCAUGACUUCCAGCCACCAAAUUGCUCCACACAAGUGUAUCAUCAGUAAAAC